CUAAAAGUUUUGUGAGAGGAGGCAAGUCUGUGAAACUUUCGUGAAACGGGUGUGACGGAACCCGGCAGGGGGAUUAAAUUCAAGAAGCUGCGAGUCUCUUCAUUGUGCGCGUAAAGGAAACGUAAACGAAAUGACUGGAGACGUUGAAAAGGGCAAGAAGACAUUUGUCCAGAAGUGUGCCCAGUGUCACACCGUGGAGAAUGGUGGGAAGCAUAAGGUUGGACCCAACCUUUGGGGUCUUUUCGGACGCAAAACCGGCCAGGCAGAGGGGUACACUUAUACAGAUGCCAACAAGAGCAAAGGGGUUAUCUGGAAUGAGGAAACCCUGAUGGUGUAUUUGGAGAACCCCAAGAAAUACAUUCCAGGAACAAAGAUGAUCUUCGCUGGCAUUAAAAAGAAGACUGAGCGAGCUGACCUUAUAGCGUAUCUCAAAUCGGCAACUUCAUAAAGAUCUCCAUAUCUGUGCACCUUUUUUAGCAAUCUUUGUGCCUUAACAAACUGUUCAAGAUCCAGGACUUGUCUUUUUUUCUCCAAAAAAUAAGGCAAAAGAGCAAUCAGUUGUGGUGGCACUGGGAUGAUAAGUUGUUGCCAUUGUCUCAGGUUUACUUGAUGUGGACUAAAUAUCUCCUGGUUUGAACAGGUUUCAGACAUAAAUUAUUAAAUAAUAUACUGUGCAUCCAUAAUGUAGGGACCAAAAAAAUGUUUAACUGUCCAGUAUUUUUUGGGGUGAGUAGGUUGUUGUUUUGUUAUCAAGUUAUUUGAAGAGGUGUCUGUUCUAAGGAUGAAUGUGCCUUCUCUGGUUUGAUUCUUACCUCAGCUGUCUGUUGUCGUUUCUGAAUUUGAAUAAAACAACACUAAACAUGAUGAGAAUUUCUUUACCUUUGUUUUGCCUGAGAUCAUAAAAUGCUGAGGAGGCAGCUUGCCAGGCUUUGAUACACUUGAUUUGUCAGUCAAAUAAAGAUUAGAGUGGUGUACUUCAUUGUCUUAUAUGCCAGACGAUGUGCAGGAUUUCUAUCACAAAACUGAAUAAACAUGAC